UCCACCCCAUUUUUGCCCCUUGUGCUAUUAUCAGCCCGGCUUAGGCGCCUGUCUUCCCCACUACCUUCAAUUCCCCGUGUUUCUUCCUCUCAUCCCUCCACCAUUCUUUCACCACAACACCGCCUGUUAAUAACACCAAUAUCCUCUGUAAAACCAUCAGUUUUAUUUAUGUUCUCACAAUCUUAAGAAGGUAAGGGGAGUUCUUGUGAAUAUUUUUGCCAAACUUCCCUUUUGAGGCAAAAAAAAUGAGCUUCAGUUUAUGUUCUUCUGAACUCAUAUACCCCGAUAUAGAGGGUUUGAGGAAUACAAAGGCAAAUCCAGUGGCAUCUAAAUCUUUUAGAAGGGCUGGUGAUUACAUCAAAAAGCAUUAUUUUCUAUCCUCGUAUUCUGAUGCUAAGAAAAUGGUGAUAUCAAGUCAUCUAAUUCCUGGCCAUUUAGAAGGAUCAUUCAUGGGAAACAAACGGCAGGCAGAUCCCAGAAGGAAGCUGGAAUUUGUGAGGACAUUGUUGAUCGAUAACUAUGAUAGCUAUACAUACAACAUUUACCAGGAGCUAAGUGUCAUUAAUGGCUUGCCACCAGUAGUUGUGCGAAACGAUGAAUUGACAUGGGAAAACAUCUGCUCUUUCUUAUAUGAGAAGGGUGCAUUUGAUAAUAUUGUUAUAUCACCUGGACCUGGUUCUCCAACAUGCCCAGCAGAUAUAGGAGUGUGUCUUCAGCUGCUGUUGAAGUGCUGGGAUAUCCCUAUUUUGGGUGUUUGUCUUGGACAUCAGGCUCUAGGUUAUGCUCAUGGUGCUCAAAUCAUCCAUGCAUCUGAGCCAAUCCAUGGACGCCUAAGUGAAAUUGAGCAUGAUGGCUGCAAGCUAUUUGCUAAUAUACCAUCUGGCAGAAAUUCAAGGUUCAAGGUUGUUCGAUAUCAUUCACUUGUUAUAGAUAGAGAAUCUCUCCCGAAAGAGCUCAUACCAAUAGCUUGGACCUCCUCUGAUGACACACUUUCUUGCUUUGAGAAGUUUGAUGCCAUGCCAGAUGCUUAUGAGAGUGAGAGUCCACAAGCAAACUUUGAUUCUUUUUCAGCACGAAAUGGGAGUUAUUGCGCUUCCAGACAUGUUAAUGGAACAAAAAGUAGAAAUGUUAUCAUGGGAAUUAAGCAUGCUACUUGUCCUCAUUAUGGCGUGCAGUUUCAUCCUGAAAGUGUUGCAACAACUUACGGGAGACAGAUAUUCAAGAAUUUUAGAGAAAUAACCGAGGAUUAUUGGCUACAAAGUUCAUCAUUCAGCAGUGACAGAAAUAUCCACUAUACUGCGUCCAUGCAGGUACCCCAUGUUAAUAGACUGUUUGGAGCCAUUCAUACAGGGAGACAAUCAGUGAAAAAGGAAGAUAUCCGGUUGGAUGGAGAAGCUCCUAGCAAUGGGGAAUUUAUGCAAGGUGCAGACCAGAGAACAUUUGGAUUUUUUGAUAUGGUCAAUGUUUUGCCGCCGAGCGUGGGUGCUAAGUUUCUAAGGUUGAAAUGGAGGAAGUUUGAUCACUUGGCUAGUGAAGUUGGUGGCGCAAGGAACAUAUUUUCUGAACUUUUUGGGAAAAAUAGGGCUGAAAACACCUUUUGGUUGGACAGUUCAUCAAAAGAGAAGGGAAGAGCACGGUUUUCUUUCAUGGGGGGCAAAGGUGGAGAUCUUUGGAAGCAAUUAACUUUCAGAUUGUCUGAAGAAAGCAAUGCAACUGGUAAAUGCGGAGGUCAUUUAUUGAUUGAAGAUGCUGAAGGCUCUACUCACAGCAAAUUUUUGGAAGAAGGUUUUUUCGAUUAUUUGAACAAGGAGCUUUUGUCACUCUGUCAUGAGGUAAAAGAUUUUGAAGGACUGCCAUUUGACUUCUAUGGUGGAUUUAUAGGUUAUAUAGGGUAUAAUCUUAAAGUAGAAUGUGGUGCGGCAUCUAAUGCUCACAAAUCCAGAACUCCAGAUGCAUGUUUUUUCUUUGCCGAUAACCUUAUAGUUAUCGAUCAUCAUUCCGAUGAUGUUUAUUUGAUGUCCUUACACGAAGGAAAUACAAUUAUAACACAAUGGCUGGAUGAUGCCGAAAAGAAGCUUGUCAGCUUGAAAGGUUCUGCCACAAGAAAGUUAGAUGAGUGGAUUUCAAAUGCUGUGGCGAACUCUCCGCAUGAAGCAGGCUUUCAUUCUGAGAAAUCCCGAGAGCAAUACCUUAGUGACAUUGAGAAAUGCCUGAAGUACAUUAAAGAUGGAGAAAGCUACGAGCUCUGCCUCACAACUCAGUUUAGAAAAUUCAUUGGGGAAGUAGAUCCUUUGAGACUUUAUCUUCAUCUUAGAGAGAGAAAUCCGGCUCCCUAUGCUUCAUGGCUAAAUUUUUCGAAGGAAAAAUUAUGCAUAUGCUCUUCUUCUCCCGAGAGGUUCUUACGACUAGACAGCAAUGGUAUACUAGAAGCCAAACCGAUUAAGGGGACCGUUGCUCGUGGUGCAACAUCAGAAGAAGAUGAACGGCUCAAGUUGCAGUUGCAGUACAGCGAAAAGGAUCAGGCUGAAAAUUUAAUGAUUGUCGAUCUUCUAAGGAAUGACCUGGGUCGUGUUUGUGAACCAGGCACCGUACAUGUGCCUCAUCUCAUGGAAGUGGAGUCUUAUGCAACUGUUCAUACUAUGGUGAGUACGAUCCGAGGGAAAAAGCAGUCGAAUGUUAGUGCUGUUGAUUGCGUCAAGGCAGCGUUUCCCGGCGGUUCAAUGACAGGGGCUCCGAAGUUGAGAUCAAUGGAACUUUUAGAUUCCAUCGAAAGCUGCUCCCGAGGUAUAUACUCGGGCUCCAUUGGAUUUUUCUCCUAUAAUCAGACUUUCGAUCUCAAUAUCGUGAUAAGAACAGUCGUCAUACACGAAGAUGAAGCAUCUAUAGGUGCAGGAGGGGCAAUCGUUGCAUUAUCUGAUCCAGAGACGGAGUAUGAGGAAAUGGUGUUGAAAACACGUGCUCCGGCCAAUGCCGUGAUGCACAUUAAUGUCACUUAGUGUCGCCGGAAUCAAAUACAAACAUUCUUUGACGUUAGUUUUCAUUUCAGAAAUAUACGUCGGAUCUGCAGAAAAAUGCAGUAGCAAUACAAUGUUAGCUUAGUUUACCAUGUUUCUUAUACCGGAUUUAUUUCUGCCAUAGCUAAACCAAAGUUCUUUGUUUCGAACAAUGAUGUUCUGAACUUUGUACUAUAAAUUUCUGGCAAUACAAAUUUAU